UCUCAGAUGAAACAACAAUUUGCUUUCUAAAACCUCACUUUCAUGCUAGUUGUCACUGUUUUGUUUCUACACCCAACACAAACACAAACACAAUAUCCUCCAUUCAUCAAACUCGUUAACGUUUCACGGUGAGAUCCAAGGUUUUCUCUUCCACACUUUCUCCCUCAAUCAAACUCAUUCCUCAAAAUGCAAUCCAUAGACAUUCUCAAAACGUCUUCAUUUGUUAAAAUCACCGCCCUCGCACUCUUCUCCCUCACCCUCUUCCUCUUCCUCUUCACCCGUUUCUCUCCCACCACUUACUCUUCCCUCACCUUCUUCUCCUCUAACGCCGCCGCACCCUCGCCGGAGCAACCACCACCUCCUCCUCCGGCGCCGAGAGUAAAAGUUUUCCGUCUACCUCCGUUACCGCCGGUUGAGCGGAUGGGCGUGUUGGACGGAAACGGCGGGAUGACGGAGGAUUUCAGAAUCGGGGAUUUGGAUCCCAAUUUCGUCGAGGGUUCGUUGAAUGGGAGCAGCGAUGAUUGGCGAGGGGAGAAGGAGGAGGGUGGUGUGAGGGUGAAGAUGAAGAAGUUUAAGGUGUGUGAUGUGAGAAUGGUGGAUUAUGUACCGUGUUUGGAUAAUGUGGAAGCAAUUGAGAAGUUGAAUGGGAGUGACAGAGGGGAGAAGUACGAGAGGCAUUGUCCAGAAGAAGGGAAGGGUUUGAAUUGUUUGGUGCCUCCACCGCAAGGGUAUCGGAGGCCCAUUCUUUGGCCCAAGAGCAGAGACGAGGUUUGGUUCAGUAAUGUACCCCAUACACGUCUGGUUGAGGAUAAAGGUGGCCAAAAUUGGAUUUCAAUAAAGAAGGAUAAAUUUGUUUUUCCCGGUGGUGGAACACAAUUUAUACACGGUGCAGAUAAAUAUCUGGAUCAGAUUUUAGAGAUGGUUCCUGACAUUGCAUUUGGUUACAACACCAGAGUUGCAUUAGACAUUGGCUGUGGAGUGGCAAGUUUUGGUGCAUUUUUGAUGCAACGUAAUGUGACCACUCUUUCAAUAGCACCAAAAGAUGUUCAUGAAAAUCAGAUUCAGUUUGCUCUUGAGCGUGGUGUGCCUGCCAUGGUAGCAGUAUUUGCUACACAUCGUUUGUUGUUCCCAAGCCAGGCAUUUGACCUGAUCCACUGUUCAAGAUGCAGAAUUAAUUGGACUCGUGAUGAUGGAAUUUUGCUUCUUGAGGCCAACAGGCUUCUGAGGGCAGGUGGCUACUUUGUCUGGGCAGCGCAGCCUGUUUACAAACAUGAAGAGAGCCUUCAAGAACAAUGGAAAGAAAUGGAGAACCUGACAGCUCGCCUUUGUUGGGAACUUGUACGGAAGGAGGGUUAUAUUGCUAUAUGGAAGAAACCUAAGAACAAUAGCUGCUACCUGAGUCGUGAGUCUCGUGACAUUGCUGUACAUCCUCCAUUAUGCGACUCCAAUGAUGAUCCAGAUGAUGUUUGGUAUGUUGGUCUCAAGGCAUGCAUUACUCAAUUACCUAGUAAUGGAUAUGGAGCAAAAGUUACUAAGUGGCCUUCACGCCUUCAUCAACCACCAGACAGGCUCCAAAGCAUCAAAUUGGAUGCCAUUAUAUCCAGAGAUGAAAUCUACAAAGCCGAAUCAAAAUAUUGGUAUGAAAUAAUAGAAAGUUAUGCUCGGGCUUUCCGUUGGCAGGAGUACAACCUGAGAAAUGUAAUGGACAUGAGAGCAGGAUUUGGAGGGUUUGCUGCAGCAUUGAAUGAUCUCCAGAUUGACUGUUGGGUAAUAAGUGUUGUUCCUGUCAGUGGAUUCAAUACCUUGCCUGUUAUAUAUGACCGCGGGCUGAUAGGAGUUAUGCAUGAUUGGUGCGAGCCAUUUGAUACAUACCCAAGAACAUAUGAUCUGCUGCAUGCAGCGGGUCUCUUCUCUGUUGAAAAAAAGAGGCAAAAGUGUAAUAUCUCAGCAAUUAUGCUUGAGAUGGAUCGGAUGCUAAGACCAGGUGGGCGAGUGUAUAUACGUGACACCGUUAAUGUUGUUAGUGAACUAGAAGAAAUUGCAACUGCAAUGGGAUGGACGAAUUCCCUAAAUGAUGUAGGUGAGGGUCCCUAUUCGAGUUGGAAGAUAUUAAGAAGUGAGAAGCGACUCUGAAUUUGCUAAAUUGUGUCAGUAACUAACACCAUAUAUUGGCACAUGCAACUGGCAAGUAUACCUGAAAUCUCAUUGAGCGCCAGAAAUGUGGCUAAAACUAACCCCAUGCAUUUUGUUCAAAAUCCGGUUCUAUACUUCAUUACAAUGUUAAAUCGCUACUAACAGGUUUCCUCGUAAACACAUUAUUUUUUAGUUUUCUUUGUCUUAUAAUCAAUCUCUAAAGCAUUUACUAAAGGUGUUUAGUGAGAUGAUAAUUUCAUCUACUUGAUUCUCGUGUUAUGUAAAUUUAAGUUAUAGUGUACACUGGACCGAAAUCCGGAAAUUUGUUUAUAUGUAAGAAAGAUUCGUCUGUUGUAAUAAUAUUAUCGAUUCUAAAUUCAGGUGAACUCUCAAGUAUUACCGAGUUUUG